AAAUAUUAAAUAGUUAAGAAUUUGUAUAGAUCAUUCUACUAUCAAACCAUCCAAAACUGUUUAUAUUAUUAUAUAUAUAUAUUUCAUUACCUCUAUACCAUAAUUGUUUUAAGUAUCACGAUGGUUCUGGAUUUUAGGAGAUAUAUGUGUAUGUAAUGAGGGUGAAGUAACUUUGGGAGUUGCUUCUUAUUAGACCUCUUUUGAGCAUGAAUGAACUUCUCCUUGGGUGUAAGUGGAAAUAAAAACAAUAUAGUAAUACUUUUUCACAUAGACUAUUAAUACAUAUGUUACAAAGUCGGUCCUCCUCGAUAAAGACUAAUGAAAUAUUCGUUUUAAUCCUCAGAUUUUAAAGUUUUAAUAUAUAUAAGUUAUCCAACCUCAAAUUUUAUCUUUUAGAAAAACACUAAACUUAAAUUUACCUGAAAAUAUUUCUGAUCUUCAUAAUCUCAUUACAUAUCUUUCUUUUUGUAAAUUAGCUCAUUACAUAUCUUAUAAAUUUGAGAAUAAAGAGCAAAAAUGUUCAACAAAUAGUACAUUUUGUUAUAUUUAUUUCAGUGAUGAAUGAGGUCGAAGUGAAAAUCAAACUAAGAGUUGGUGAGAGAAGUGACAGACUGUUGCUACCAUACAAAGUAAAGAACUUGUUUUUUCUUCUCAGUGUCGUUUCAAGAAGACAAAGGUGACACAUGCAAAUAAAGAAUGCAACAAUGUCAAGAAAGCUAGGCUGACCAAAAACAGCGCCCCAAUUAAAGCAGAAGAGCUUUGUCUUUAGUCUAGUGCAGUGUCUGAAUUCCAUGCACUUACAUUUUUUUUUAAAAAAAUUAUUAGUCAACAACUUGUACUUUCAUUAAAUCUUGUCUAGAAGAUUUGUUAUGACGCAACUCCAAUAAACGUUACAACUACUUUAUGGUAAGAAUAAAAAGUCGUUCGUACUUGGCAUCUAAGUUUGAUGGUUUGUCAUUUGAAGUUGAAGUAUCUCACCAUCUAUCUAUAUAAGUAAAAUACGCAUUUAACAUGCAAACUAUGUUUGUUGUUCAAAAAAAAAAAAAAAACAUGCAAACUAUGUUUUCUUCUAAACAGGUGAAAGUGUCUUCGAUCUGAGCUCGAAAAGAGCUUAUUAUAUAUAUCCAAGUAGCACACAUGUUGGAGUUUUAUAAUUCUUUAUGGUUUAACAAAUUAUUUUUCCAGGACAAAACUUUUGUUUUACUAUAUGUCAAUGUAAAACCAAAACAAUAAAACAUGAGUUUUUGGAAUUUGUAUGAUUAAAUAUCUCUUCUCUCUUUUAAUCUCAGCUGCUAGAGACGUGUGGAUAGUACGCGCCGGCGUGCAAGGGAAGAUUGUCGGCAAUCCCUUCGAAGUUGAAAUGCAUCAGUGGUACUUUGACAAAGAUAUAGAAAUCUGAAAGUGAUUCUUUUCUUUUCUUUCAUUACUUUGACUAAAAGCGACACUAAUUAACUUAUUUUUACUUAACCAUGUCAUGCAACAAAAGAGACUUAACUUUUUUAUUACAUGUUCAUAAAUGUAAUCAUGAAACUGGAAUCCCUAAGGUUUGUUGUACAAUCUGCUAGAAUGUAUUCCCUAAGUUUGUGUAGAUCUGCUAAAAAAUACUUUUCUACUGCAAUGGUGUUUUUUUUUAAAUUAUGUUGGAAUCACAUAAUUAUAGAACUGAAUACAAAUAAUAAGUUUUUUAAUUGAAAAUACAAAUAAUAAGUUAAAGUGUAGAAAGUAGAAAAAUACAAAGCAUGAAAUGUCAAAAAGAUAGUCAUCAAUUUUGAAGGAGAAAGAAAAGAUAGAUAUCUAAUAUACUCGAUUUGUCAUGAUACCAAACAAAAUCUUACAAAGAGGUGAACAUGAAAAAAUAAAUAACAUGCAUGAUUUGCAUUCAUUGUUUUUUUUGUAUAUUGAUAGUACCACCAUACCUAAAGGGGAUCCAAAAUAGUUGCUUCUUUUUUCUUUUUUUUUUGUGCACAGUUGCUUCAUAUCACAAAUAUCCAAUUUUACCAACUUGUAUAUAUAUAUAUAUAUAUAUAAUAUGUAUAUUCACACGUAUAUCUCGUGAUUCUUAUCGUUUCUUAUACGGCUAAUACAAACACACGUUACAACUUAAAUUAUAUUGACAAUAGAGAUGGUUGGUAAAUGCAACGACUAAUGAUUUCCGGUAAAUAAGAAAGGAAUAUUAGUUCUAAGAAACUCAAUACAAAUGUCAUUAGCUAAACCGGAUAGAAAAAUGAUUGUUUAUGACAUAAAUGUUGGAAAAUUCUGCUAAUUAAACAUGAAGAAAACAAAAGAAUAUAGUGUGAAAAGUUGAAAACUCGAUUUGAGUCAAAUGCUCCUUCUAGGGUUUGUUUAUUGACUAUAUGAAUAAAUAUAUUACAAACUUAAAACUCAUAUUUUGUACGUAAUUUCUGACAUUCCCUAAAAGUUACUAAAGUUGAUUUUUCUAAACGUCAAAAGUACUGCAUCAUCAGGGUUUUCGGCCGCUGCACCCUCAUGUAUUAACCUUGAUAAAGAAUCUAUAUGUUUAAUUAGUCCCACGUCCGAUUGUGGAAUCAAAAAUAAAUAUUAUCGAUGAUUAUUUCACAUUUAGAAAGACUAUGAAGAAUUAUAUAGGAUUGAAACAUAAAAUCAAUUGGUUACGACUGGAAAUGCUCAUAUUAUCUUUUUAUAUAAAAAUGUUAGAACUAUAAUCAUUUUCACUAAUAUACAGGACCGAAUCUAGAAACAGCUGAAUGAAACAUUGGCCUUGGUCUCCAAUAUUUUUAAAGGUUUUUUGCAUAGGUUUAAGCUACCAAACAUUGACUCCAGCCUCCAAAAUUUUUAGAAUUCAAAUGUUUCAAGCUUUCAAAUUCUCAAAUCUGGCCCUGCUAAUAUGAUAUAUUCUAAGUUCUAACAGGCUCACUCGCAUCAAAAAAGACUGUCACAAAAAUCUAUAUUUAAACAAAAAGUAUUAUGCAAUUCAUGUGUAUAUAAGCUAUGUUCCUUUGAAAAUGGUUCAAAGUAAUACUAUUCUUGUCUCAACCACUUUAUUAAACUAAUUAACGUCUCUUUCUCCCUCUAUGGAGUCGUGUUACGUCUCUCUAGAUUAAGAUCUUCUCCUGAUUGUUCUCUUCAAAAAAUAAUACUUCUCGCUCAUGGAAGAUGAUCAUUUACGGUGUCACGAUAACAUCAACGACGACGAACGUUUGCCAUUGGAGUUUAUGACCGGAAAACAAACAUCCACGGCGGAAUUACAGCCGCCGCAACCGCCGCCAUUCUUGGUAAAGACAUACAAGGUGGUUGAGGAUCCGACCACGGAUGAGGUUAUAUCUUGGAACGAAGAUGGGACCGGAUUCAUCGUGUGGCAGCCGGCAGAGUUCGCUAGAGAUCUCUUACCAACACUUUUCAAGCAUUGCAACUUCUCUAGUUUCGUUCGCCAGCUCAAUACUUAUGGGUUUCGGAAAGUGUCGACGACAAGAUGGGAGUUUAGUAAUGAGAUGUUUCGAAAAGGGCAAAGAGAGCUUAUGUGCAAUAUCCGAAGAAGGAAGAGUUAUCCACACUCACACUCACAUAACAAGUCUCAUCAGGUUGUACCAACAACAACAACGGAGAAGCAAGAAGAUCAUCACCUUGAGGAUCAACGCUCUUCAUCCUCUUCCUCCCCUUUUGUAUACUCUGCUUUACUCGACGAAAACAAGUGCUUGAAGAAUGAAAAUGAGUUCCUGAGUUCAGAACUAGGCAAGACAAAGAAGAAAUGCAAACAACUUAUGGAGUUGGUGGAAAGAUACAAAGGAGAAGAAAACAAUGACGACGACGAUGAUGACGAUGAUAACGAUGAUCAGGGGCUUAAGUUGUUUGGAGUAAAACUGGAGUGAGAGAGAUCGUUUGAUAGAUUUGCCUUGCCAUCUUCUUCACAUUCUUAUAAGUCUGCAUAACUAUACUCUUUUAAGACAUGCCAGAUCAAAGAUCAAAACAUAGUAUUGAUAGUGUUCAAAACGUGGUACAUUACAACAUUGUGUAUAUAUAUGAACGUUAAGAACUCAUGUUUUUU